ACUCUUUGGGGCCGCAGUUUCAGUCGCCGAGCGAGUUCGCCCCAUCGAGGAGGCAGCUGCUGAAAAUCCCGUCCGCGGUUGUCGAGUGAAUGGAAUCGAAUCGAACCGAGCGAGCAGCAACCACAUCAGAGAGCAGGAGAAGGGAAAGCCAAGAAAAAUACGAAUAUACACAAAAUAACGCCAGCAGCCAGAGUCUCUACACGAAAUUCUUUUUAUAACAAAACCAAUCGCGCUCCGCAUCGCAACGCACAUAAGCCAACUGAAAAGCAGCUUGUAGGAAAACCCGAAGCAGCAGCGGAAAACGAGGAAAAGCCACCAGCAGAAGGAGGAAACAUGACGGCGGCCACUGGGAGCGGGGGCGGCAGUGGGGCCGGAGGAGGCAAGGCUGGGAAGCACAGGUCGAGGUCAUCCGCCCGCUAUGACGACGUGGAGAAGCAGCAGCGCAAGAGCCGCGGCAUAGUCUCCAUUCCCAACACAAUAAAGCUAAGUAUGCUCAAUAGCGGCCUGCUGUCCUUCGAAAGGAUCAAGCUGGAGGCCCGGGACGAGAACAAUUCCCUCUCCAAGACCAUACCCAAUGGACCCAUCGACAUACGGCACUUCCUGAAGCUGUGCGACCUGCGGCGCAAGUUCCCGGUGCUCUACAAGCUAGAGUUCCAAACGGCCGCCAAGGUGGAGACGAACACCUGUCGGCAUGCGAUGAAGAAGAAUAACCAGGAGAAGAACCAGAACCCGAAGUGCAUUCCCUACGACUACAACCGCGUAGUGCUGGAAAAGGUAGGUGGCCUCCAGGACUCGGACUACGUAAACGCCUCCUAUGUUGAUAGCUUGCUCAAGCCGAACGCCUACAUCGUGACCCAGGGUCCCGUGGAGGAGACGGUCCAGGCCUACUGGCGGAUGGUGUGGCAAGAGAACAUCAGCGCCAUAGUGAUGCUCACCAAGACCUUCGACUUCGCCAAGGUGAUGUGCCACCAGUACUGGCCCCCGAACAUGGAGGUGCACGAGCAGUACGGUGACAUCUACAUCAACAUCGUGCGCGAGGAGCAGCUGGCCAACUUUCACAUCCGCACCUUCCGUCUCUACAAGAUGAACGAGAAGCAGGAGGUGACCGACGAGCGCCUGAUCCUGCAGUUCCACUACACGGAGUGGUACUCUCACUCGUGCCCCUUCUCGAACGCCCUCCUGGAGUUCCGGCGGAGGGUGCGACUCGUGGUGGGCAACAUCAUCAAGGACGGCGACGACAUGCGCGGACCCAUCCUGGUGCACUGCAGCGACGGCGGCGGCCGGUCAGGUGUCUACAUGUCCAUCGACGCCAACCUGGAGCUGGCCGAGGAGGAGGAGUGCUUCAACGUGUUUGGCUACCUCAAGAAGCUGCGGCAAUCCCGCAAGGGCCUGGUGGAGAACGUGGAGCAAUACAAGUUCAUCUACGACACCCUAGAGGAGCACAUCAUAUGCGGCAAGACCUGGUUUCCCGUCUCUGAGCUGUCCGACCGCCUGAAGGCCAAGGCCCGCCGCAACUCCGGGACCAAGAUGAACGAGUACCAGGCGGAGUACGACCAGAUCUGCAAGCAGACCCCGCGCUUUACCAUCGGCGACUGCGCCGGCGGCCAUCGUGCGGACAAUCGGGAGAAGAACCGGGACGUCCUCUGCGUGCCACCCGACAACUUCCGGCCCUACCUGACAUCCUUCCAGGGAAAUGCCUUCACGGACUACAUCAACUCGGUGUUCGUGGACGGAUACACUAAGCCGCGAGAGUACAUCGUCACCGAGUGGCCCAUGAAGCACACCCUGGGCGAGUUCUGGUCGCUGGUUUACGACCAGGAGUGCUCGGCCGUGGUAGUCCUGUGCCAGCCACCCUCGCAGUCGCAGCAGUACCCCUCGUUCUGGCCGAACAAGUCCAAGAUGGAGAAGUAUGGACCCGUCUUCUCCGUUCACUACGCCAUGUCCAAGAGCUACACGAACAUCAAGCAGUGGGAGUUCAAGAUCAACAAGAAGAUCGUCUCGCUUACCGAGAUGAUGGCGGGGGUGAAGGCCCCCACGCGAACCGUCCAACUCUUCCAGCUGACAUGCUGGCCGAUGGGCCACAAGGUGCCCACCUCCACAAACUCGCUGGUCUACCUGAUGAACAUGGUCGAGAUCUGGCGGAACAAGGUCGACUACGGACCCGUGUGCGUUGUCUCGCCCGAUGGUCGCAGUCGGGCCGGUGUUUACUGUGCCGCGAAUGCGUGCAUCGAGCAGGUCAUCCAGCACGGCGAGGUCGAUGUCUUCCAGGCGGUGAAGACUGUGCGCCGGCACCGUCCCCAGCUGGUGGAGAACAUGACCGAGUACAAGUACUGCUACGACCUGGUCCUGCACUAUGUCCUGCACUUCCUCAACAAGAAGGAGUGAGUCGGAAUGGAGUUUUGGUGUUUUUGGUGUUAUUUUGUGGCGCCGUGCUUAUGGUUAACAUUGAUCCGAAUACUUGUGGUCCAUACACUUGAUGAUGCCCAGGGGAUUGUCCGGGCACCGCCUUAAAGCAAUAAUACUGAGUAUUUUUGUUGUCCACACACACAAGCCAAGGAGGAAACUGAGGAUUUUUUUGGUUGAGGCGUCGAAAUGAAAUUUCGCGCUCUGUAGGAACUUUUUACUUGUUUCUUGUCCAUGGAACGAAACGAAAACUAUUAUACCGUACACUUUAUAAGCUUAUUGAUCUGAAAUGUAUGUGCCAUUUGUAACCCUAGUUGUUGUUGUUAUAAACAGAGAAGGAUACGAGGAUUGUGAUGAGAGAUGUAGGGUGUAAGGAGUGAGGGAAUCAAAAUCAAAAGGAUAGGAAGGAACACUUUUACGAUUACAAUUUAUAUACUUAUCCGUAGUGAUUAUUACGUUUACUCUUAAAACUUGCUACCUGGGCAAUUGUUGAUAUACAUACAUAUAUCCUACCAUACCUACUACGAAUCUAUUUAUACAUGUAAAGAUAUAUAUAUCAAUGUUACGUACUGUUGUAAUGGGAAUCGCAUUGUGUUUCCACAACUUGACAGAACUUUAUUUUAUAUUCAUGUUGAAGAACAAAUAUUUAUUGAAACACGACCGAGAGUGGGGGGCUUCGCGGUGGAGCCUAAGUAGCUAUAAUUUUAAAUUGUUUAUUUACGGAGAACACACACACACACACACACACAUUGCAUACAAGGACAAUCACGAGCAUACAAGAAUACUAAUUAAAUGAUUUUAUCAUGAUUUCCUGUAUUUUCGCAUUUAUGCAUUCGAAACACGACCUACCUACAUAUACAUUGUUGUACUCUAAUUAAAUAAUUUUUAAAAUGUGUGUAACGUGCGUACCAUGUCCGUUUGAUCCUUUGUAAAAGCCAAUCUCAACGUGUAGCCACACUGCACAAAAAUCGUAUUGGAAAGGCCCCACGAGGGCCAAGAAAAAAAUAAGAAACGAAUUGAAAAUAUA